CAAAACCAUGGCCGAUACUGCGAGAAGCAGGUUGGAGGUAAUUAAACAACAUCUAUCCCCUUCGAGAUUUCAUCUAAAGUCACCAGAAAAUUCAGAAACGGCCGCAGUGGGGGUUGAAAUUGAUAGUCUGGUGGUGCCAAACGAUGUUUUGACCGAAGAAGAAAUAGAUUUCUACAACAAGAAUGGCUACCUGGUUGUGCGAAAUCUAGUACCCCAAGAGCUACUUGAUAAGUAUCUCCAUCGUUUUCAACAAAUUUGUAACGGGGAGGUGCGCGUGCCUAGUAUGACUGUAAUGAAAGAUGUUACAUUUGUCAAGUCGAACCGCUUAUCUGGCGAGAAAACCAUCAAUAAACUUCAGAAUUUCGAAGAGGACGAGGUCCUCUUCAGCUACUGCCAACUACCAGGGAUUUUGAAGUACGUGGCAUGUUUUACGGGACCUGACAUCAAAUCGAUGCACACUAUGCUAAUAAACAAACCACCAGAUCCUGGGACAAUGACCUCACGCCACCCUCUCCAUCAGGAUUUGCAUUACUUUCCCUUCCGUCCAGCCAAUCGAAUGGUAUGUUCCUGGACAGCAAUGGAAAGGGUCCAUAGGCGGAAUGGCUGUCUAAUGGUACAACCGGGUACCCAGUACAGCCCGCUUCUGCAGCACUUCUACCCUGAAUGGGAGGGAGGAGUCAAUGUAAUGUAUCAUGGAAUAAAAGAUUAUGAUCCCAGCAUUCCAUUGGUACACUUGGAGAUGAAUGCAGGGGACACAGUUUUCUUUCAUCCUCUUCUUAUCCAUGGCUCAGGAGCAAACCAAACAAAUGGAUUCAGGAAGGCUAUAUCAGGGCACUUUGCCAGCUCACACUGCUAUUAUAUUGAUGUCAAGGGAACAAUUCAAGAGGGCAUCGAGGCUGAAUCCUUAGAAAUUGUACAUAAGAAGUUUGGUGCAGAUAUUGAUUUGUCUUUUGAGGACAUUUGGAGGUUGAAAAGUCGCCUUGUACAAGGCAAUGAGGGAACCCUGUGACAUGCGUUAAACUCCAUUGGUGUUGCUGGGUUACAUUUCUUAGUAUGCACACUGUAAGGCCCUUGGGCUAUUACUUUGCACCACUGGUAUGCAAUGUGCAUGCAAUGUGCUGUUCAAGGCAUGAAGUGAAUAAUGAUCAGGACAAAUCAAUCCAACAGUCAUGGUUGCAACCAUUGUAGAGAUACUGGUCGAGGGAAAUGAGUAUUUUCUGAAUAAUCAAAGGAGAGAAAAAGUCAGAUUUAGACAGAAUCACUCUGGUAUCUUUUCUCAAAUUUACUUUUGAUGAAAAUGGCAUUGAAUAAGAAUGUCUGAAAAAAUGUUGACAUACCUUGCAGGCUGGUAUUGUAAAAAUCAAAUCUUUAACCCUUUAACCCCUUAGUGUGUCUGGCUUCUAAUUUCUCCUUAGAUUAUCAUCCUUGAAUCAAAUGUAAAGGUCAUGAGAGUAAAGGAAAUGAUCACUGAUUUAAGAAGCUCUUGAUUGUUAAACAAGUUCUCCUCGUCAGUAUUAUAGGAAGACUGAAUGGAGGGGGAGAGGGGGGGGGGGGGGGCUCAGAGCAAAUUUAGUAAUUGGUUGGGCAGAAGUGAGGAGAAGACGAGAUGAUUUCCUUUCUCAAGUUAAGUUUGGUCAAGGGGAGGAACAGUGGUACGUUUUCGCAUUUUAUUUCUCAGUAAACUCAGGGUUUAACCUGGGCAGUUACACUGUGGAAAACUUACUAUAUCAUUCAUUGACUUGUGGUAAUGCAAUAAUUCAAAUAAAAGUGGGCUAUGAGCAGGGAUGUCU